GCUGUCCAACAACGUGCUGAUGCUGGAGAAGUUUGCCACUCGGAUCCUGGCAGUCAGUGAACAAGAUUUCAACAGUCGCCUGACGGAGCUGGAGGAGUGGGUGGCACCUUUGAAGAAAGUGCCGUGUGUGUCACGUGACAAGAUGUCUGACCUGAUAGGUCAGCUGAAGAUGUAUGCGGAGGAUGUACACAAGCUCCCCCCUGGCCUCAUCACCACUGUCCGUAUCCUCCAUUACCUGUCUGUCCCUCCAGAGAAGCUCUAUACACAAGAUUCUCAGAGUGAGUUGAAGUACAUGCACGCCCUGGUGGAGCUGUACAGCGAGGAGUGUUUCCCCAUCUUCCUCAGCUUUCUCCAGAAGCUGAGUGAGAGCCUGCUGCGACGCUGGCAGAAAGGUAUCCGACUGAGCAAUGAUCAGAUGUCUCGUUACCUCGCCAUCACCCAGCCGUCACUGUCCAUAGUGAAGAGGUCCAUUGCCUUCGUCAUAGAGGGCCGGGAAACAGAGUUCAAGGACUUGACAGCUCUCCCAGCCCUGUUUGAGCUCCAUACAGUGUUGUGUUCAGUACCAAUCAGUGUUAUGCACAGUCAAGGAAUUGCAAAGAUCCAGAAGGAUAUAGUGGAUGCAAUCCUGGCCUAUACCCAGCCAGCCCUCAACCAGGCAGCUGCCACAGAAGAAGGACUAGCACAGAGUUUGUGGACUAUGAUGCUGACAGACCUUUUGAAGUAUGCAAAGAAACUUCCCUACACAUAUCUCAGUGGGCUCAUCAUGAUGUCAGAGUUACUUCCCCUGCCACUGCCUCUUCAGACAAAAGAGCCAUUGGAUAGCACAGAAAAAAGUGAGGUUGUGAUGACACGCAAGUUGUGGAGUGCCCACCUCCAUCCCCUAUCCUCUCUCAUCAAUGACCUCAUCAAGGAGUGUUCAGGGUCCAGCUGCCAGCCUCUCCAGCAGAUGUUGUGUCGUGUGUGUUGGCAGCUGGCCGACCUGGCCUCACCCUCCGCCACCAUGAUCACCAGGUGUCUGCUGGACAUCAUCAUUGAGAACAGCAGGAUUCUCUGGUAG